GAUGAUAGUUUGUUUCUUUUUUUACUGUUUUGUUUUGGUGUUUUGUUUGUUUUUGUUUUUAUAAUUUGUUUUUCUAAAGAGAGUGUGAGAAUGAGGGAUUUCCAUUUUUGAUUGUAAAAUUGUUAUUGGAAUAAGAUUGGAAUACAUAAAAUAAGGGGAAUCAAAUGGAAGUAAAACAAGAAAUUAGCGAGGAAACGUGUAAAAUAGAAAUACAGUAUAAUGACUUGGAUGAUGCCCUUUUGGAUGGCUUUAAAUGUGAAAUUCAGGAGGAAUCUAAUAGACAAAGUACUCAUGACACAUAUGAUUCUAAACUUCAUCCAUUUGAAGAAAACCAAGAAACUCAAAAUGGCUAUCUCCAAGAUGAAAAGAAAAUGGAAAUCGCGGAGAAACGCAUUGACGGCACAUCUUAUAAAGAAAAUGACAUUGUACAUCUUACAGAGGAAAUGAUACAGACCGAAGGAAAAACAUUAAAUAUAAAUAUGGCAGUUGUUACUGAAAAAAGACCUUAUAAAUGUGAAAUUUGUUUUAAGAAGUUUAUUUGGAAACGUAAUUUGAAAACACAUUUGAGAUUGCACACUGGAGAAAAACCUCAUAAGUGUGAAAUUUGUUUUAAGCAAUUUCGUCAAGCAGGUCAAUUGAAAGAACAUUUGAGAGUGCACACCGGAGAAAAACCUUACAAGUGUGGAAUUUGUUUUAAGCAGUUUUCUGGCAAAGGUCAUUUGAAUAAACAUUUGACAUUGCACGCGGGAGAAGGAACUUUCAAGUGUGAAAUUUGUUUGACACAGUUUAGUAGUACACGUGAUUUGAAAAAGCAUUUGAGAGUACAUACUGGUGAAAAACCGUACAAGUGUGAAAUUUGUUUUAAGCAGUUUGUUCAGAAAGGUAGUUUUAAUACACAUUUGAGAUUCCACGCAGAAGAAAAACCUUACAAGUGUGGAAUUUGUUUUAAGCAGCUUACUCGAAAAGAUCAUUUGAAUAGACAUUUGAAAGUGCACACUGAGAAAAAACGCCACAAGUGUGAAAUUUGUUUUAAACAGUUUAGUUAUGUAAGUAUUUUAAAAAUACAUUUGAGUGUGCAUACCGGGGAAAAGCCUCACAAGUGUGAAAUUUGUUUAAAACAGUUUAUUACUAAAGGUGAGUUGAAAAAACAUUUGAGAGUGCACACUGGGGAAAAACCUUACAAGUGUGAAAUAUGUUUAACACAGUUUACUACUACAAGUGAUUUGAAAAAGCAUUUUAGAGUGCACACUGGUGAAAAACCGUACAAGUGUGAAAUUUGUUUUAAACAAUUUUCUCUUGCAAGUUCUUUGAAAGUACAUUUGAGAAUGCACACCGGGGAAAAACCAUACAAGUGUGAAACUUGUUUAAAACAAUGUAUUACGGCAAGUGAUUUGAGAAAGCAUUUGAGAACUCAUACUGGAGAAAAACCUUACAAGUGUGAGAUUUGUUUUAAGCAGUUUACUGCGAAACAUAACUUGAAAUUGCAUUUGAGAUUACACACAUGAAGUAACAUUAUCAUUUGAAACAACAUCAUCAUUGGCUCUACAACCCAUGGCGGGUCUUGGCCUGUUCCAGUAUCAGCUUCCAUUCCUUCAUAUCCUUCGCCUUGGUUUUCCAAUUUCGCACUCCUUAACACUCGCAAGUCAUCUUCCACCUGGUCCUUAAAUCUUGCUCUGGGCCUGCCUCUUCUCCUCGUUCCAUCCGGUCUCUGGCUAUAAAUGCGAUUCGACGGCUCCAUCUCAUUCAUUCUCUCUAAGUGGCCUAGCCACCGCAACCUGUUUACUUUGAUAGAUCUACCAAUACUAGGCUCACUGUAAAGGUGGUAAAGCUCAAAAUUAUAGCGUCUACGCCGUAAUCCGUUUUCCUGCACGCCUCUAUAGACAUGUCUGAGGAUUUUACGUUCAAAACGGUCUAACCGUUCUUCAUCUCUUUUUGUUAUCGUCCACAUUUCUGACGCGUAAGUGAGAACGGGCUUGAUUAGAGUUCUGUAAAUCAAUAUUUUUGUUCUUUUUGUGACCAUGUUUGACGUUAAAAGUUUCUUUACUCCAUAGUACGCUCUAUUUGCUAGAUAUAUACGUUUGUUAAUUUCUGUAAUUACUGUAUUACUUUGGUUGAUUUGUGAGCCUAGAUAUAUUCAAACUCUUUUACUCCUUCGAAAGUAUAUGUUCCAACCGUUAGAUCUUCGGGUUCUGCUACUUGAUUAUUAUUUGUGACCUUCAUAUGUGACCUUUUAUUAGUGUUAACUUGUAGCCCCGUUCUUUUGCUGCUGCUUCCAAUGCCGUGAACGAUUGAACCAUGUCAGCCAUUCUUCUUGCCAUUAUAUCAAUGUCAUCUGCAUACGCAAAUAUUUGUAUACUACUAUUAAUAAUAGUCCCUCUUGUUGUUAUUCCAGAUUCUCUAAUAGCUUUCUCCAGGGCAAUGUUGAAUAGAAGGCAUGAUAGCACAGUAUCUAGAGGUUCCACAGUAAAACCACUCCUCUGUCGGCGCUUUGAUCUCAAGAAGUAAUACCGGCAGUACGCAAUUGGUAAUUCACCAGUGGUGGAUGCGGGUUUUCCCUGUUAAAAUCCGUACGGUUCUAUGCGACUAGCAAUGCGAGAGUGGGACAAAAGCGACUAAGAACAUUGCGCGGUCGCCAUGCGCGACUACAGAUUUUACUUCCAAUUUUUCGGAGAGUGGUUCUACUGUCCCUCUUUAUACUGUGACGAUAGACUAUCUCCCUGUCGAAGUGCUAUUUGUGUCUGGAAAAUUCUUGAUAUUCCCUUCCGCACUCUAACCUUACACUCGACUGUUGAGAGGGUUGCUUUCACCAACCUCACUAAGUGUAUUGGGAUAUUAAAUUCUACCAUGGCUUUAUAUAAUGCGUUUCUGUCUACACUGUCAUAGGCACAUCUAAAAUCCACAAACAAAUGGUAAGUAUCAAUUCCAUACUCAUAUGUUUUUCUAAGGCUUGUCAUAAAAGAAAUAUCUGAUGGAUAGUAGACUUUUCUUUGCGAAACCCACACUGGUAUUUACCUAUUAUGCUUUCACAAUGUCCCGACAGUCGAUCGUAAAGAAUGUUGAAGAAUAUUUUGUAGGUUACGUUUAGCAGGGUAAUGCCCACGGUUCUUCUUCUUCUACGGCACUACAGCCCAAAUUGAGCCUUGGCCUCCUUUAUUUUUUGCCUCCACCCUUGCCUGUCUGUGGCUGCUCUUCUCCAUACACGGACUCCUAAAAGGGCUUGUGCGUCGCUGUUUACUGUGUCUUCCCAGCGCUUUCGUGGCUUCCCCAACCGGUCUCUUUCCUUGCAUUCUAGCAUUCAGUGCUCGUUUUGGUAGCCUAUCCUCUCCCAUUCUUAUCACAUGUCCGGCCCAUUGCAAUCGUUAUUAGACCCACGGUUAUUAGACUUUAUUACGGUUGUCUUGACCGACGGUGGUGGGGAAAUUAUAUUUUUGACUUUACGUCACAAGAGUACACAAUCCCAUAUUUGUAAAUGAUUUUCGAUCAUUGAAUGUGUGUUAUUGUGUAUAUAUGUGUAUUAUUUGUGUUAUUAUUAAAUAAUAAGACAAAUAAUACACAUUUUAUCUUAUACCGGGUGGUGAAUCGUAAAACGGGCCAUAGGAGACUCAAUGUAAAAUUCUAAAUUGUUGAAUUCCUGCUUCCCUAAUUAUUUUACAUCAAAAGUCAUGAGAGAAUACUUGUAGAGAAUUAAAAUCUGUAUUAAAAUCAAAAGUUAAAAUUGUUCUAUGAUUUGAAUGCAUUCCAAAAUUUGGAAAAAUGUGAUACAUUUGCUGCAAUAGGUAUGCGUGUAAAAUUUGUAUGUAUGCCACACGUUACUAUUUAACUGACAGUGCUCACACCAUUGACUGAAUAAAAAAUCUUUAUUAAUACUUUCUCCGCAACUAAGGGUAUCUUAUCAACUGUAUUGUUUUUAAACAAUAAAUGAUAAAAUAAAAAUAUUGACAGUUCAAAAAUGUGAACAUUAUUGCAUUGUAUGUGGCCUAAUUUUGAGCUGAGAAACUGAAAUGUAUUACAUUUUUACAAAAUUUUGGAAUAUGUUUAAUUCUUAGACCAAUUUUAACAGUUGUUUUCAAUACAGAUUUCAAUCCUCUACAAAUAGUUUCUAAUGUCUUUUGAUGUAAAAUAAUUAGGGAAGCUGGAAUUCAACAGUUUAAAAUUUUACAUUGAGUUAAUGCAAAAUUUUGACGCAUGUCAAAAUUCUCAAUGUGUUUUAAUUGCAUUCAUUUUUUUCGAAUCCUGAGAAAACUAAUAAAUAUUUUUGAAAAAUUUAAACUCAGAAUGAAAGACUACAUUAUUACCGAGGGCCGAAAGUCCCUGAAAACUUCUAUAAUGUUUAUUUUAAUAAGUUACAGGGCUGAAAAUAAAAGAGAAGUGUGAUAUUUAAUUUGAAAUAUUUCAUUCAAAAGAAACUGCUUGUUUAUUCUAAGGGGCUUUCCGCCCUCGGUAAUAAUGUAAUCUUUCAUUCUGCGUUUAAUUUUUUCUAAAAUACUUAUUAGUUUUCUCAGGAUUCGAAAAAAAUCAUAUUACAAUUCAAAUGACAGUACACUCGUGACGUAAUAGCACCCUUAAUGUUCAUUGGUUAGUCGAUCUGGGUAACCGUAAUAAUGUCUAAGAACCGUGGGUAAUGCCUCCGUAGUUAUCACAAACUGUUUAGUCUUCUUUCUUGUGAAUAGGUACAAUUAUAUCUACGUUCCAGUCUUCUUAUAGUUUCAUCUGCUUCCAAAUGAGUUCUACUAGCCUACUUAUACUACAGGUCAGAUUUUUUGCGACAUGCUUUAAAAGUUCAAAAGAUAUGCCACCUGAUCCAGGAGGUUUGUUUUCUUUCAAUUUUUGCAUUGCUUUGAUGAUUUCUUCCUCUGUUGGGAUGUUAUUUUUCUCCUUUCGUCGUCCAUGUAUUCGAGCUGUAUUUCUGCUUCUUGCAACCUCAUCUCACAUCUUAUAUUCUGUGGUACUAAGGCAAAACCCGAUAUGUCAAAAAUUAUCGAUUUUUCAUUUUUAAUGCCAAUAUGUACAUUAAGCGAUGAAGAAUAUGAUGACAAAACCCAACAUGGCUAAACGCAUCCAUGUAACCAUUAGAUGAUAAAAUUAGUUUCCGAUAUGUCCACUAUUACAACAACACCGCAAACUUUUAAACUCAUCUGCUGCAAAAUCACGUUUUUUGACAUAUCUGGUUUUGCCUUAGCACCACAGAUUUAGUCUACCCUCAAAAUUUUCUGCCCACCUUUCUAGUAUCUCGUCCUGAUCACUAAUUAUUUCACCUGUUCUGUCUAACUAUUGAUAGUCUAGGUUUGAAUUCCUUUCUGGUCUGAUUAAUUAAAUUGUAGAAUUUUUGCAUUUCCAUUUGUGUGUUAUACUUCUCUAGUUCUUUCAGUUGGUUUUCUAUAUGCUACUUCUUCUUUCUUUUCAGUAUUCGUUUUUCGUCUCGUCUCAGCAUCCUAUACUCUUCUUCUACUUGCACACUGGUGAAAAACAUUUGAGAAUGCACCUACAAAACCUCCAAAAAGUCCUCAGAAAACUGAAGAAGGGCGAUAGAAAAUGUGCUGCUAGAGUGACAUAACAAUUAUCAUGUUUUCAUGAAUGCUUCACACUUAUCCAAUACCACACCUUAUCUUUAGAAAACUACUGGACAGUGGCGGAGUUAGGGGGAUAGGGGAAUUCCCGUAGUAACACGGUCCAGAAUUAAAGAAAAAAUGGUUGAAACGUGAUUAUUUUCACCCGAUUAACUCGACAGUUAGGAAAAUAAAGAGAACUUAUUGCACAUAUUAUUACCUAUGUCUUUUAUGUAGUUUGGGUUUAUCUAUUUUAUAUAUUUUGGGGUUAGUGUUUUAUUGGAAGUCGCCCCCUCCGCCAAGACAAAUGUUCCUCCAUUGCUACUGAAGUAUCCUGAUAGGUCGUUAGUUAACACGACAUAAAAUAUGAUACAUCUAACCAAAAUCAGCAAAAUAUUAACGUACAGAUAGUCGAAGAUGACAUACACCCGAUUUUUCCAUAGAAAAUUGUAAUUAAUAUUUCGCGUUUACCUACUACCAUGUAUGUUCUUUGUUUUCUCUUUUCGUAUUGAGAUCAAGUCCAUUUAAUCUACUCAUAUCUGAUAUGCUGGAGAUUAUUCUUUGCAAAUCAUCUAAGAUAUUUUCAACAACUACUGCUUCGUCGGCAUAUCUAAUGAUUUUUAGAGGCACUAUUCUGUAGGCGUGAAAACGUGAGAUGUCUUGUUCUGCUCUAGCAGCACUUAAUGUGCUUGUUCCUCAAUUUUCUAAAGGCGCUUCAGUAGCAGUGGCGGAAGAUUUGCCUUAGCAGAGGGGGCGACUUCCAAUAAAACACCAACCUCUAAAUACAUAAAAUAGAUAAACGAAAACUACAAGACAUAGAUAAUAACAUGUGCAAUAAGCUUCCUUAAUUUUACUAACUGUCGAGUUAAUUAGGUUGAAUUUGUCUGUCUGUAGGACGUGUGUAGACCGUGUUACGGAGGGAAUUACCCUAUUUCCCCUUAGAUCCACCGCUGUUCAGUAGUUUUAUAAAGAUAAGGCGGAACUGCAGCUAUGCUGGUAUUGGAUAAGUCUGAGCCAUUCAUGAAAACAUGAUAAUUCUUAUGUCGCUGUAGCAACACAUUUUCUAUCGCAAUUCUUCAGUUUUCUGAGGACUUUUCGGUGGUUUUCUGAAGACUAAAAUACGAUGCAUCUAUUUUUAACCACGAAUUCAUAUGCAA